GCAGGAAUGAAGGACAGCAGCAGCAGCCACUCCUCGGGCGCCGGCAGCAACCCGGCGGGCCUGCCGUGCUCCACCGCCACGGCCUCCACUUCCAGCAAUGCCACGCCCAGUACGCCCUCCACACCAGUGACUGCCACGGCUGCUGUGGCCCCAUCCGAUCCCUCGACGGCGCCGCCGGCCCAGCAACAGCCGCGGGGCAAGAGCAACAUCCACGAGAUGCGGAACCAGGACUAUGUGAGUCGCCUGAUGGCCGCCACACCGCCCUACCUGUACUCAGCACCGGUGGGGCCGAACAACUUCUUCUUCAGCGACAUGCUGCGCUCCCUGGUCCAGGCGAGGAACAACGAGACGGCCCGGGUGUUGCAGCUGCAGCAGCAACAGCAGCAGCAGGCCCAGCAGCAGCAACAGCAGCAGGCCCAACAGCAGGCGGCCCUGGUGCGGCGCCCCAGGAAGAGGUCCUGGUCGCACCGUCCCUACUACGAGCAGCUCCGCGAGCGCCGCGAUGCCGAGGAGAAGCAACACCACCACCAGCAGCAGCAACUGCAGCAGAAUAUGGCGCCCGAGAAGCCUCUGGAACUGACUAACAAGGCCAUCGCUCCCUAUGGCUACCCCAAGAUGGAGACCAAGCCCACAACCACAGCCCCGCCAGCACCACCGGCCCCGACUUCGGCUCCCGCCCCACCCACAUCGACGGCGGCGAACGGCGGCAAGAACGCCUCGUUGGGCGGGGCAGUGGACAGCGUCCUGCAGGACAACACACCGCCGGCGGCCUCCCUGCCGCCCCAGGACCUGGUGCUGCCGCCGCCGCCUCCCGUCUGGUAUCCGCCACUGUACGCGCCCUACGGCAUCGAUCCGCUGCACUUCUUCAUCGACCUGCGCGUCUCCGGGCACAUCUACGACCGCAAGAAGGAGAACGUCUCGCCGCUCUCCAGCAGCAACGGCGGCGCGUCCAUCGCCGAGGAGAGCGCCCCCAGUGCAGGUCCUUGCUCCGGAGCCGGCACCGGCCAGUUCGCCAGCAGCCUGCUCUCCAAGCAGCGCCACGGCUCCGCCUUCACGGUGCCCAUUCCCAAGGCGGCCCAGAGCGAUGCCAUCAACCUCUGCGCCAAUGCCCAGGCUGGAGCGGGGGGCGUGGCAGGUUCGUUGGGUAGCAAGUUCGAGCACUACGCCAAGUACUACGACCUGGGCGAGGCGAAGGAGAACCACCCGGGAGCGGGGGGGAGCAGCACGGCCGCGAAUCUCUCGGCGGCUGCUGCGGCGGCGGCGGCUGCUGCCAACCUCUCCAAGUCGGGAGCCAGCUACAUGCUGCAGCACCUGCCACGCCUCUACAGUCAGUUCGCCGCCCACCAGGCGCAGGCCCAGAGCGGCCAGGAUGCGGACGCCAAGUCGGAGUCGGCCUCGGUGAGUGCCUCGCUCUCCGCGCCGGAUCUCUGCGACGAGGACUCGAUGGGCGGCCGCGGUUCCAGUGACACGGGCGCCGGGCUGGAGGGCAACUCCUCCCUGGAAGGCGGCACCGGUGGCGGGCAGGGCAACUGCGACAUCGACGUGGAGAUCAUCGACUCCAUCAAAUACCGUACGGAUGGCGAGAGCAGUCGCUGUUCCAGCAACGAUGAGGCCUCCAUCACCCAGAUCGAUUGAGGC